AUGCCAAAUCUGGUGAGCGAUCUAGUGUCAUUGAUCGUCAAAAGCCUGGGCGAAGCACUGAGGGGCACAGUCGCUGACUUAUCACAACCUGAGCUUCACCUUGGAGCUACAGAAGUGGGAUGCAGUAUCACGAUGGGAACGUCUCGACCUAGUGGUAAACACACUGUGACGCUCGAAUGUCGCUUCAACACAGUGAGAGGGAUCCGCGACAAACCUCCACGUUAA